UACAACGCAGAUGACAACCAAAGAAACAACUAGGCUUACUACAACCUCACAAGUCACCACGAUUCCAACGACGAAGAAUCCUACAACGCAGAAACAUACAACUGAAAGGACUACAGAACGAACCACACAGCCUACAACGCAGAUGACAACAGAAGACACAACUAGGCUUACUACAACCUCGCAAGUCACCACGAUUCCAACGACAAAGAAUCCUACAACGCCAAGACAUACAACUGAAAGGACUACAGAACGAACCACACAGCCUACAACGCAGAUGACUACAGAAGAAACAACUAGGCUUACUACAACGGCGCAAGUCACCACGAUUCCAACGACAAAGAAUCCUACAACGCAAGAGCAUACAACUGAAAGGACUACACAACUAACAACACAGCCUACAACGCAGAUGACGACAGAAGGAAAAACUACUGCAAGAAAUACAAAAGAGAAAACAAAGCAAACUACAAGACAAACUACCCUGAAGCCUACGGAAGAGAUCACCUUACAAACCACACAACCAACUACAACGCACGUCACAACGAUCCCAACGACAAAGAAUCCUACAACGCAAAAACAUACCACUGAAAAGACAACAGAACGGACCACACGGCCUACAACGCAGAUGACAACAGACGAAACAACUAGGCGUACAGCAACGGCGCAGGUCACCACGAUUCCAACGACAAAGAAUCCUACAACACAAAAACAUACUACUGAAAGGACUACAGAACGAACUACCCAGUCUACCACACAAAUGACGACGGGACAAACUACCACACAAAUGACGACGGGACAAACCAUACGACCAACUACUCCAGCAAAAACAACCACAACUAUAAUAACGUUGCUGCCUUCUACUGUUUUACAAACAGGUACUUGUCGUCCAGUGAUUAGAAGAGAGAAGUUUCGGCAGGCUGACACAUUCUGGACAGACCACGGGAAACUGUUCAGCGCGUCGCCGGUUGGUAGUCUGCGCGGGUAAUGUUCGCCCUUGGUCUUGCACAGCCGCAGCGCAGGGAAAUAGCAUCUUUCUUUCUAAGCGCGUAUCUUGUCUGCUAUCAGCACACACCACGUUCCCCACUCACAUUUUACUCUAACUAUCACACAUCUAAAUGUGUCAGUGUAGUUCUUUUCAAGUAGCUGUUCUACAGGUCCAAAGGAUGCCAUCUCCUAACACGUGUGAAGGACCGAAGAUCGUGUAUCCUUUUAGCAAAUGAUUGCCAUGUUCUUCUUUUAGCUUUGUCCUUUCAGGUUCGUAAGCGGAUUGAACAAGAUGCAGCGGCUGUGGAUGCAGUGUACUUGUA